AUGGCAACUUUCAGAAUGCUGUGGAGGGUUGCAACUCUGUUCGCAAUGUUGAUGACGGGCGCUACGUCCCAAUUAUACGACGAGGGGCCUCUGAGAAGUGUCGGCCCUGACGCGUUGUUUCAAGAGGGAACCUAUUUUGACGCGGUCCCGCACGCCCACGAGCAAACGUCGGAGGACGCGGACAAGGAUGUUUUAGGGCAGACAGAUGGGGAGAGGGCUCUGCUGCUGUUGAAGAUCAUUCAAGCACUGCGAAUGCGUAACGAGAAUACUCGACUUUACCAAAGAGCGAUACCGGAGUCGUUAGACUACGUGGACGCUGUACAGAGCGCGCCUGACGGGGAACAGCCGGCCGACGGGAAGGCGUUGCUGGUGGCGAAGAGGUUGAACGGCGGAGCGGAGCCAACAGCCACCGCGAAACCCACCAGCUCCACCACACCGCAGGGGCGGUGGAAGGCAAAUAAAGGUACACACAUAAUUUGCUACUUCAAACUGUGCAGUAUUCGGGCGUUCCGC